AGCGAGCGAUCGAGCUGUCCCCUACCUGUGUUGCUCUCCCUCUCCCCCUCUUCUCUCUUGCGCGCUUGCUUGCUUCCCUUCUCCGUGUGAGCGAGGCCACCAGCGGAGGAGGGCUGUGCUGAAGAAGGCUGCGCCAGCGAGAGCUUGGUGACUGGUUGGCCUUUUCCUACCUACUGGACCUGCAGUACUUUCAACAUGCUUUUUGCAUAUCACUGCAUUAAGGAUGAAUAAAAUGUUAAGCACCGACUGUUUAGGGACGCAGGAGUUUCAUACAUUCCACAAGACUACUGAAAUACUGGAAGACUCGCAAUCUCAAGAGAUUGCAUUCCACGAAGCAGCGCUGGGGUCAACGCUAGUAGGCCAUCAAAAUGUCCACUCUAUUGCCGCAGUAUCAGCAGGAGACAUUGGAAUGGCUGAAGUCAGCUUGUUGCAUGGUGAAUCUGACACAUCAGCUACCGGUUUACUGCCAGUGUCAUUCUUGUCAUGUGGUCCUCGAUCUAUGGCUCAUAUCUGGCAUUGUGGUCCUGUUGAAAAAGUAUGUCGAUCUAGGACCCCUGCCAGUUGUAAGGAUUAUCAGCAAAUUACCACAACGGUUCCAGUAUCAGUUCCGUCAUCAUCUGGCCUUGAAACCAUCCUAACACCUAAUCCAAUGUACAGUGAUAUUCAGUUGAAAGAUGUGAACUACAAUGCUACAGCAAUGGAGGAAAGCACCGAGUUCCUUCAGCUGAUUCUUAGUGGCAAUGAUGAAGGCUACAAUACUUCAAGCGAACUACAAGUUUGGGAUGUUCUGGACUUCUACUUCUCAGAAAGUUUUUCUGAUGUACAAUUUGAUAGUAUAAUGGGUUUUACAAGUGAUGUCAGUACUUCCUCUCAUGAUUAUAUGAAUAUUGCUGACUUGGUAGAGCGGCCUGUGGCACUCCUGUCUCUCAAUGAGACAGAGGAACCAAAUAAUGCAGCCAAUAAGGCUCUGGUCGACCACAGUAGAAUGGACCCAGAUGACACAUCCUUGUACCUUCAAAUGAAACCACCAGAUUCAGAAAUCGAAAGUACUUCUGCCUCUCAGGAUGUGAUAGGAAUUGAGUAUGUCGAUUCAAUUCCUAGAGGUCUACCUUCAAAUGAAAAGCUUCAUUCUAGAGGUCUGCCUGAUUUAAUGGAUGUUGACUCAUCCAAUCGUCUACGAAAAUCACCAGUGAGAACGAAGCAUGUCACUCUUGUACUUGAUUUGGAUGAGACUCUUGUCCAUUCAACAUUGGAUCACUGUGACAUAUCUGAUUUCAGCAUUCAAGUUUUCUUCAAUAUGAAAGACCAUACAGUUCAUGUGACACAAAGGCCCUACCUGAAGAUGUUCCUUGAGAAGGUAGCUCAGAUGUUUGAGCUUGUCAUUUUCACAGCAAGUCAGAGAAUCUAUGCUGAGCAGAUAAUAGAUAGGCUUGACCCUGAUGGGAAAUUGAUCUCGCAACGAAUUUAUCGUGAGUCGUGUAUAUUCUCUGAUGGCAGCUAUACAAAAGACCUGACAAUUCUAGGAGUCCACUUGGCAAAAGUUGCUAUAAUUGACAAUACGCCACAGGUUUUCCAGUUGCAAGUCGAUAAUGGCAUCCCGAUAAAGAGCUGGUUUGACGACCCCGCGGACCAGGAACUGGUUGAGUUACUCCCGUUCCUCGAGACCCUUGUUGAUGCCGAGGACGUAAGGCCACUAAUCUCAAAGACUUUUCAUGGCAAAGUCCAGCAGGAUUAGACUUAAGAUGCAUCAUUAUCAUGCACUGAGCCUGAGCCUGAGCCUGCCACAGUGUCAGCGAACUCCGUCCUGGGAAAUUAGGUAUAGGAUCAGCAUUCACCCAUUUAUGUUAUGUUGGCUGUUACAGAUAGCAAGCAUAAACUGCAUGUCGCCAUGGCUUGUAUACGUAGUAUUGCUCGGGUUUUCUGUGUGGCA